UUCUGAUUCUCCCACAUCCUCACGAAGACACGAACAGAGCACUCUUCCUCUCGUCUCUCAGUUGCUCGCUUAUUGUGAUUUAUUAUGUUAAGUCCCAAAUGAUGUCUUCAAAGAGAGCCUCAUCAAUUACAGUUAGUUCUCUUUUGAAGUUGUGCAAAGGAUGUUGCUCGCCCAAAGGCCUUAGUACAUUGAGUGCUGUUAGCACUGCUGCUGAAAGGACAGAUUUACAGUUUUCUGGUGGUUAUCAAAAUGAUGAUUCUUCAGGUUACCAGCAAAAUCGUGUUGGGUUUUAUCAGGAAAGCCAAAAUAAGGUUGAUUCUAAUGAGCUUUUGAAUAAGCAAAGACCUGAUUAUGUUUCCCAAGCAAAUGCAGAGCAAAAUUCUUAUGGAGCUGGUCAGAUUGCAGAUGGAGGUCAUAUAAAUAUGACCCAAAACGUUCACAAUAAUUUGGUGGGUUAUAAUGGAAGUGUCAAUGGGUACUUUGGUCAAGGCAACAUGAGAAUGCAACAAAAAGUUAGGGCAGGUGUUGGUAGUGCAUGGGGCUCUGGGAUGCAUGCAAAUCCAUUGGUUGAGAAACAUGGUUGGACACACGAACCUGGACAAAAGAUGCAGUCUCCCAAUGCAUAUGGUUCACCUAGGCCUUUAGAGUCACAGGGAAAUCUUAGAGGGGACCUAAAUCAAAACAUUGAUCAUUUUCAGCAGCCAGAAAAUGUUCAUUACAAAGGGAGUCAUGAAAUGCGUCAACAGUACCCAGGUUCUGGACAGUUUCAGCAGAGUCUAAAAGAUGGUCGAUAUUUGCCAAACUUGAAUAUUGCACAAAGAUCAGGGGUUGGCUCUCAUCUAUCAAAUAAUGCAAAUCAUGAUGGCGAAUCAGACAAGGCAUCUAAUGAUAGUCCAUAUAGAGCUACACUUGAGGAAUUAGAUAAUUUCUGCAUCGAGGGUAACGUGAAGGAAGCAGUUAAUGUUUUGGAAUUGUUGGAAAAACUACAUAUUCCUGUGGAUUUGCCCCGAUAUUUGCAAUUAAUGCACCAAUGUGCGGAGAAUAAAUCUCUUGAAGAGGCAAAAAUUGUACACAGGCAUACUUCACAACAUCUGUCACCUCUCCAAGUCAGCACAUAUAAUAGGAUAUUGGAGAUGUAUUUAGAAUGUGGUUCUGUAGAUGAUGCUCUCAACAUUUUCAACAAUAUGCCAGAGCGCAACUUGACUACUUGGGAUACUAUGAUAACACAGCUUGCUAAGAAUGGGUUUGCCGAAGAUUCAAUUGAUCUAUUUACUCAAUUUAAAAACUUGGGACUGAAACCUGAUGGGCAGAUGUUCAUUGGAGUUCUAUUUGCAUGUAGUGUGCUGGGAGAUAUUGACGAGGGAAUGCUGCACUUUGAAUCCAUGAGCAAGGAUUACGGCAUUGUACCAUCUAUGACUCAUUUUGUCAGUGUAGUAGACAUGAUUGGCAGCAUUGGGCAUCUGGAUGAAGCCUUUGAGUUCAUUGAAAGGAUGCCAAUGGAGCCAAGUGCUGAGACAUGGGAGACUUUGAUGAAUCUCUGUAGAGUUCAUGGGAACACUGGGCUGGGGGAUCGUUGUGCUGAGCUAGUUGAGCAGCUAGAUUCUUCUCGUUUAAAUGAGCAAUCAAAGGCUGGCCUUGUACCUGUAAAAGCCUCAGACUUGACAAAAGAGAAAGAAAAAAAGAAUUUGGCAAGCAAAAAUCUUCUUGAAGUAAGGAGUCGAGUCCGUGAAUAUCGAGCAGGAGAUACUUCUCAUCCUGAAAAUGAUAAGAUAUAUGCCCUGCUUAGAGGUUUAAAGUCACAAAUGAAAGAAGCUGGCUAUGUUCCGGAGACAAAAUUUGUGUUGCAUGACAUAGAUCAGGAAGGCAAAGAAGAAGCUCUUCUUGCCCACAGUGAGAGACUUGCUGUUGCUUAUGGUCUCCUUAACAGCCCUGCUCGUGCUCCGAUGAGGGUAAUUAAGAACCUCCGUGUUUGUGGUGAUUGCCAUACAGCACUGAAGAUUAUUUCUAAGCUUGUAGGCAGAGAACUCAUUAUUCGAGAUGCGAAAAGGUUCCACCAUUUUAAGGAUGGACUAUGCUCCUGCCGGGAUUAUUGGUGAACAUGAACUUAGAUGUAUCCUGAUUCACUACCAGAUGGAUUGAAUAGAAUGGCUGUUGGUAGGUAACCCCUGAAGCCUGCAGAUAGGGAAACUGUUCAUAUAUCUCACGGUCAUUAAAUUAAAAUCGAUCUUUAUAUCCGCGAGGAGAUUGGAAUUUUGUUUAACCAGGCUCUUCCACUCUAAUAAUCAAGCAGUGGGAUGUGCAUUCAGGUUGCAGAGGCGUUAUUCAUUGAGUAGUUUUAUAUAAUUGGUUGUUUUAGCUUCCAUAUAAGAUAUAAAUUAUUAUUGCCACUCCAGGCAAGGGAAAAACUUAUGUAAUUGAUAGACAACAUUGAAAUUCAAUGGUAUAAACUUGUUUGUCUUGCAUUCUUGCUUAUAAAAACUUAUGUCCAAUUAUGCUGUCAAAA